CGCCCUUUGCAACUGCUGUAAAGUCACUUUUUAGCAACUACAUUUCAACCCCGUAGGGCUUUCAGCCUUUUGCUGCCCAACAAAAAGGGACACCAACGGCCUCGAUGUGAGAUAAAGACGGGAAAACAGAUUAGGCAACGGACGGCUCAACAAAUUCGACUAAGCGUUGAAUAUAAACUGGGGCUGCGGCAAUGAGUUCCCAAAUCAAGGAGCCACGAAAAGUGGCGAUCACAAAGAAGUCCAAGGUGCAAGGCGUCAUGAUCACUCAGGUCGUCCUGCGUGUUCCACUAGGAAAAUCGACACCUGACUUCCACCGGAAGCCGAUGGCCAUGACUGUCAAUGAGGGGAGAAGAGCUUUUUUCAAAGCAAUCGUCAUUGGCGAUCCAACCCCGAGUGUCACAUGGAGACGAAACAAGGGUGAUAUAAAUGACGCUGAGAAGUACAACAUUAAAUAUAAUGAAAGAAACAAAGAACACAUCCUUGAGAUACCAAAAGCAACAGCAGACCUUGCCGACACGUACCAAUGCUGUGCCACCAAUGAAUAUGGAACAGCGAUGUGCUCCAUCCCCCUCAGUGUUAUUCAAGACGAGCAAGCGCCACAGGAUUUCAGAGCGAUGCUCAAGAAAACCGUCGUCACCAAGAAAAAACAAUUGCCACCACAGAAAGAGGGAGAACUUGAUCCUAAACUCAUGGAAAUCCUCCUCAGUGCACCAAAGAAGGACUAUGAAAGAAUCUGCUUGGACUUUGGGGUUACGGACUUUCGCUGGUUGCUGAAAAAGUUGAAUCAGAUGAAAAAGGAAAGGGAGGAUGAACAGGGAAAGGUUGUUGAAAAUCUCGGAAACGUGAAACAAAUUGAAAUUAAACCUCGCGGAAGGGCAGAAUUUAGCCUCGACAUGACCUUACGGGAUCCCAACAGCAAGAUUUAUUUGUACAAGGAUGGUUCGCAAGUCCCAUAUAGCAGCAAUGGAAAGUCAAAGUAUAGCAUGCAGAAACGUGGAAACACGUAUUGUUUCACCAUCAAAGAUCCCCAGCCAGAAGACGCUGGUUUGUAUCAACUUGAUGUUGGAGAGAUAACCGUUCUUACGAGUGACUUCCGAAUGCCUGCUGUGGAGUUUGCAAGCAAGAUUAAUAAUGUGAAGGCCUUGGAACAGAAAGAGGCCUCUUUUCAAUGUGUCUUGUCAAAACCCCUCAACAGAAUAACGUGGUCAACGCCAGACUCAUCACUUGAACAUGGCGACAAAUACGACAUAAGCGUCUCUGAAGACAAACUGAUACACACGUUAACGAUUAAAAACUGUGACGUGGCUGAUAAUGGAACAUAUUAUGCUAUUGCUGGCACUGCGUCAUGCGAUGCAUCUCUUGCGGUGGAAGCUGAUCCAAAGGCCCAUAAAGGUCUUAAGCAAAAGAAAUCUGAGGAGCAGGAUGACCUGGCUAAAAUGGCUUUGGUGCAGAAACUCCAAGUGGCGACAGAAGACACAAAGGAAAAAGAUUCUAGUGGAAAGACCGAUACCAUCAAGGAUGUUGGCUCUGAUGACGGCUGUGGCUGGAAAAAUGAUGGGGGCCAUGAUCAAGGUGUUCAGUUUGUGAGUGGGUUGUCAGAUAUCACAGCUACUACUGGUGGACGGGCAGAGCUGUGUUGUAAAUUAAGCCCUGAAAACGCUGAGGGAAGAUGGUACAAAAACGAGAAACUGCUCAACAAUGACGACGGGGUCAGGAUUAUUAAAGAUGGAGCCUAUCACAAAUUGAUAAUUGAUUGCUGUAAAAAAGGGGAUGGGGCCGUCUACCGCUUUGAGUCAGAUGGACGUAAAUCAGAAGCCACAUUGAAUAUUCAAGAUCCACCAAAGGUUGACGCUCGUGCUCUCGAAAAAUUCACAAAGCCAGUGAUUGUAAAAGCAGGGGAGACUGCUGAAUGGAAGCUUCAAUUCUCUGAUGAAGAACCGCUGAAAAUUCAGUGGACCAAGGACGACGAUGAGAUAUUGCCUGCCCUCAAUGUGAAAAUUGAAAAAACAGCCACUGAGAGCAAACUACGCCUUGCAAAAUGCCAAAGGAAAGACAGUGGCGAGAUCAAAAUAAAAGUUAAGAACAAAUUUGAUACAACAGAAGCAAGUUCCAAUCUUAUUGUCAUUGACAAACCCACACCACCACAAGGACCCGUGGAGAUUGUGGAGAGUACCGUGACAUCUGUUGAAUUAAAAUGGAAACCGCCAAAGGAUAACGGUGGCUGUCCAGUCACUAGCUACAUCAUAGAAAGGCAGCAAGUUGGACGUCACAAAUGGUCCAGUCUCUGGGAAACCAGUGGCAGCACUACCGUUUACAAAGACUCUAAUGUGGAGCCUGGAAGGAGAUACUGCUAUCGGAUCCGAGCCAAAAACUCAGAGGGUGUUAGUGACUAUCUGCAGACAGAAGCCAUAGCAGCUGGAGUGUUGCGUUAUCCAGGAGCCCCUUCAGCACCUAAAGUGGUCCGUGUCUGUAAAGAGUGCAUUAGUCUGUCAUGGAGUGCUCCUUGCAACACUGGAGGGUCCAAAAUAGUGGGCUAUAAUUUAGAAAAAAGGAAGAAAGGCACUAAUUACUGGAGCCUUGUAAACCAAGGAGGACCGAUAAAACACUCCAAUUAUGAGGUGAAGGACAUCUUUGAGGGGGCAGCAUAUGAAUUCAGGGUGUCAGCAAUCAACCUAUCAGGUCCAGGGGAUCCAAGCAAUCCCUGCGACACCAUCAUUGCAAGAGAUCCCAAGCAAACCCCAGGCAAAGUCACGGACCUCAGAGUAACAUCCAGUGACUAUACAACCCUGUCGCUGGCUUGGACUAAACCAAAGGAAGUGAAAGGGUCACAGGAUGAAGCCCAAGGUUACUACGUGGAGAUCAGACCGAUAGAAAGCCCAGACUGGAGGCGAUGCAAUGCCAUCCAAAUUACUCCCACCACCUAUACUGUCCGCGGCUUAAAGGCCAUGGGUGCCUACUGGGUGAGGGUAGUUGCUACUAAUUACGGAGGCGAUGGAGAACCUCAAGGAUUUGACAAUCACAUCAUUGCCAUGCCCCCUCCGGUACAGCCGACGUUCAAAGAUCACGACUUGAAGAGCUUCGUGGUCGUCAGAUCAGGAAACACCGUUCGCCUCAACAUCCCCUUUAAGGCGUCACCCUUUCCAGAGGUCAAAUGGUUGAAGGACGGUACUUUAGUCCCCAAGCAUGUAACAGUCACCAACUCUGAUAAAGCUUCUCAAAUGUUGAUCCCUACAUCUAAGCACUCCGACUCUGGAGUAUAUACUGUUCUUGUCAAGAAUGUCGUUGGCCAAGCGAGCUUCAACGUGGAAAUUAGGGUAACAGAUGACCCCAAGCCUCCAGGUCCUGUGGAGCUUCAUCAGAACGUUCCAGGAACAGUCACUUUGUCCUGGGCGCCCUCUCCAGACGAGACGAAGGACGACAGGCUGCACUAUGUCGUAUCCAAGUGGGACACCUUCAAACAAACUUGGAAGACCGUGGCAGAAAACCUCUUUAACAACAAGUUUACUGUUGUGGACAUUGUGCCCGGGCGGGAAUAUCACUUCAGGGUGUUUGCUAAAAACGACAUGGGCAUUUCAGCGCCAUCUGUGUCACCUGUGUUUGAAAUCAAAAAGGAAAGAGAAAGGUUCAAGGUGACUGUACCACCGAGAAAAUCUGUGAAUUUAUUAUCAGCGCCGUCAUUCAUCACCCCAUUGAGGUACCACAUACCUCCAGAAGGCUAUGAGUGUCAGAUGAGCUGCGCGGUCAAGGGUGACCCGGCGCCCCAUGUGGCUUGGUACCGUGACGACGUGGACCUCUCAGUCGACAGCAACUACUGCAUCACCAACGUACGUGGUGUCUGCUCUCUGUUCAUCCUGAGGGUGCGCCCCAAUGAUGGUGGCGUAUACAAAGUUCAUGUUGAGAACCAUUUGGGGUCAGCCGAGUGCUCCAAGCUGCUGAGCGUGAGAGAGAGAACGACAUGAACGACGAAAGAUAGAGAACAGGAACAGUAGUCAUGUUGUGAUGUCUUCAUUUGACGCUACGGCAAUGACUCAACAUUCUUUGGCUGUGAUAAACCAUUAAAGUGUGAUGAUAGAAAUUA